AUGGCUGCUUGCGCGGGUGACGACGUGCUGGUGACCGUACAGCAGGGCACGCUGAGAGGGACCACGGCGACGAGCGUCUACAACACCUCCUACACGGCAUUCCUGGGCAUCCCGUACGCCAAACCACCUGUGGGUGACCUGCGUUUCCAGCCUCCGCAACCGGCCACUGGCUGGGAGGGCGUCCGAGAUGCCACGCAAUACGGCAGCGACUGCGUGCAGAACACGGGCGAGGGCUCGGAGGACUGCCUCUACCUGAACGUGUACGUGCCAGGGGUGCCGCAGGAGGGCUCCGGGCUGCCCGUGCUCUUCUACGUGCAUGGUGGAGGCUUCAUCAAGGGCAGUGGCUCCGACCAGAAGUUUGGGCCGGACUUCCUCGUCUCGUACGGAGUUAUACUGGUCACCAUCAACUACCGCCUCGGGCCGCUCGGCUUCCUGAGCACUGGCGACGAUGUCGUACCUGGCAACGUGGGCCUCAAAGACCAGCUGCUGGGGCUCUCCUGGGUGCAGAGCAACAUCGAGCGCUUCGGCGGUGAUCCUCAGCGUGUAACGCUGGACGGGCGCAGCGCUGGAGGCGUGGCAGUCUCCUUGCAUCUCAUGUCGCCGCAGACCGCAGCAAGGGGCAAUGCAGAUUUCCACACUGACAGCGGCGGUAGUGUUCUGGGAUACGUGAUAUUAGCUGUGCAUAUGCACAACCAGCGCACCGCUGCUGUCCUCAAGUACGGGACAUCUUUGUAA